UAAUGUACUAGUGAAAAGUGCAGCAUAGUUACUUACUAGUCGCAAUAAAAAUCUAGAAUAGAAGGUAGUCGUGAAAAAAGCAUCCAAAUCCUUUGCAAUAAUGGAAGUAGAUGAAUCGGUUGGAAUCGAACUUCCGAUCGAAGUCUGGGAGUCUAUUUUAAGAGAAAUAGACGACCCGUUCGCGCUGAUAAAGUGUCAGGAAAUAUGCGAAAGUUUUUAUUGGAUUGUUAAUAAUCAAAUUCCAAAGUACGAAUGGCGGCGCCGUGCAAAAAAUUAUAUUCAAGACUUUUAUUUCCACGAGGUGAUGCACAAAUCUUCUCAAGAUUUCUAUAUCUGUGAUGUGCUGAAAGUUGAAGAUCGUCAGAAAUGGUUCGGCGCAUUCAGGUCUUGGUUCAAGUGGAAAAUGUUUGAUCAUAAGAAGAUUGCUGCUGUAAAGUUGAUUCCUGCUUUUGAAACGGACACUAUUACAUGUUUUGAUGUCUGGCACGAUAUAAUAGUUGCUGGUACAAAAUCUGGGAUGAUAGAAUUCUUCAGCGUAACGGAAGACUUCACUACAUCUAAAUUCGAUACCAAACGAAUAUUUAGCCAGCCGCAUGGUAAUAAAGUAGUUCAGGUCCGACUUUGGAGUGCAAGCGAUAGUCUUGUAUUUGCAAUUUCAUUAUCAGCAGACAACUUAGUCAAAUUUUGGAAUCUUGAAACGGAAAAAGAAAUAACUCCUGGCACUAUCUACGCUGAUCAAAUUUGCUCAAGUACAAUGCACAAUUGUUUUGCCUCACUAAGAGGAAAAAUUACGGAAUAUUACUACGAUCAAAAAUCUAACAAAGUGAUAUGUGGAGUUAAGAUAGAGCUUGAUUGCGAAAAUGAUACUCUUCUUACUUUGUUGUCAUUGCAUACCAAGCCGGUUAUAGUUGCAACAAACAGAUUUGGGAUCUUAAAAACCCACAAUGUGUCGGAGCCAUUUCUGACCAGAGAAAGACAACACUUCCAGGUUACUCAGACCUAUGGCGGCAAGCCGUUGACUCCACAAAUGAAAAAAAUAAAUAAAUUCUUAGUUACUUUCCGCAAUGCAGUUAUUGGCAUCAGUGAUGAUGAGCUUUUAAUUCACGCAAGUGGAGUUGACUGGAGAAUAUUCACAGAUUUUGGGAACAGAAACUUGAAGUCAGUAAAGACUCACGGGAAUAAUUUAUUCCUUGGAUUCUCUUCAGGUCGGGUCCGAGUGAUCAACUACAAAAAUAUCACAUUUUUAUUCAAGUAUAAUUACCGUGUAAUAGAAGACAAUGAAAUAACCGUCAGUUCAUCUUCUGCUGUUGACGAUAUUGUUGUUUCGGAGUUUGAAGCAAAUCCUUACGUGUUUACACGAGCGAGUAAUAAGAGUCUUUAUAUAGCAUCUUUGCCAAUUGAUGAUGCAAGUGUUGCUCAUAGAUCAACUUGAAAAUUAAUACUGUUUUACGAAAUCAAUUUGAUGUCAAUUUAUGUAAACAAUUUGAUGUUAAUUUAUUAAACUGAUUUGAUGUCAAUUUUUAAUGCAAGAACCGUUGCAUGUUUAAGUUAGUUGCAGACUGAUGUCAAUUUAUACAAACUGCUUUUAUAUUUAAAUUAACUGUCAAUUUUCUGUUACACUGAUAAGAAAUAUGUAAAUUCAAAAGUCAAUUUGUAAAAUUGACUACAAAGUUUGAAAGUUCAAGAUUUAUAAUCAUAAUUUAAGUGACUUUUAAUUGACACCAAUUGAUAAAUAUCAAUUUUUAGGAAGUAACUUUAUCAUCUAAUAAUUGAUGUCAAUUUGAUGUCAAUCUUACUGCAAACUUUAGCCUUCUAAACUACGCUGUCAUAAUCAUAAUUUGCACUUAAUUUAUGACUUUUAUUGCCAUUUUUUCAUCAAUAUGUACUAUAUUUGCCAUCAAAAUCACUUAUAUUCUAAAAAAUCAUUAAAAAACUUAUAUUAAGUAACUUCUAAUUGACAUCAAUCGAUAGAUAUCAAUUUUUAGGAAGUAACUUUAUCAUCUAAUAAUUGAUGUCAAUUUGAUGUCAAGCUUACUGCAAACUUUAGCUUUCUAAACUUGGCUGUUAUAAUCAUAAUUUGUAUUUGAUACAUGACUUUUACUGC